UUCGCUGCGAUGUGUCGAUGGUAACAGUAAAUUCUAGCACGAACGCGAAUACGAAUACCACGGCGAGUGCGAGUGCCGACCGCUAACGGAGCUCGGAUGCUGUGGAGAGGAGAAGUGUUGGCUUGCGCACGAAAAGUUAGGAUUUAAACGGAGGCGCGGCUCGACUCACCGCCGCUCGCGUCGGUAUGGAUAUUUUAUUGUGCUGGGAAAGACAAAAGCGUCAGCAACAGGAACUGAACCAACUUCACUGUUUCAACCAAUCACGUGAGGAGCUCACGCGAGGCACAGUUCGAAGACAUGACUGACGUUGAAGCGAAUAUACAAGAACAGCAGCAGCAACAGCAGCUGCAGAACGUGCAACGGAUGCAACAGGAGAGCUGCCUGCAGGAGCUACAUCAGCAGCUGAGUGCCCAAUUCGGCGCAGGAAGAUUCGCUGCGCAGCAUCAACAGCAGCAUCACCAGCAUCAGCAUCAGACUGUGGCUGCACUGCCCAGCAAUUUAGUGCCAUUUUUGCCAUUCCUACGUCCACCUGUGCCCUUAAUGCCUGGUCAUGUGGCGUCAGUCCAAUCGCAUUACAGUCUCAAUCCCAGUCACGCCCAUUCGCACAGCCACGCCCAUGCAAGCGCCCAUAAGCUGACAAUGCAACCGAUGUGGCCAACGGCAGCAGUCGCAGCCGCUCACAUUCAAGCGGCAUUGGCUGCCGCCGCUGUGGCUGCCACUAACAACAACAACAUUAAUAAUAAUAAUAAUAUUUGCAAUAAUAAUAGUAGUAAUAAUUGUAGUAAAUACAAUAGCAGCGCAAAAUAUUCAAUUGGGAAUACAUCUGAUCAGAGCACGAUGGAAACGUUGGAGCUGGCUAGUGUGGAAUGUGGUGUCGACACUAAAGCAUCUGUAUCUAGGUCGGGAUCACCAAUGCGGGAUCGUAAAUCUGCGCACGCAUAUAGCAAUAAUACACCGCCGGAUUCACCAAGUAUCACAACGCACAGCCCGCUGGAUAAUUCAAUUUCAAUAAAUUAUCCGCCAUCGCCUAUGGAACAUCGAAGCAAGGGGUCGGAAACGUUAGGCUCUGAAAUCGAUGCACCACUUAACCUGUCGAAGCCAAAGGGCUCACCAGACUCGUCCCCGAAUAGUGCCAGUCUGAGGGAACGCAUUGUGCCCAGUCCACCUUUAAACUGGCAGCAGGUAGGCCAAGCGGUUCCAGUUACUCCUCAUCAUUCCGCAUCUGCUGCCCUAUACGCAGAUGUCGACGCCAACUACUUACAAAGCCGCGGCCGCAUCUGGAGUGGAAAUACUGCCAGUGUCCCCGAAUCAAAUACAAAUUUAUCGAGCGGCAUCGGGACGGGCAGGGUUGGAGGGCCGACUGCUCGAGUCGGACGGACAAGUCGGGAUUCCUUAAACAGCUGCGGCACCAGCUCAGAACUAUCGGCUGCAUUAGACCCGGAAUACCAAGCCCAAGCCCAUGGCCAUGGGCAAUUGGGUGGACAGUCGCAGCGACAUGGUCAUGGACAUAGUAAGCCACAUAUUAAGAGGCCCAUGAAUGCGUUCAUGGUCUGGGCCAAGGAUGAGAGGCGCAAAAUAUUGAAAGCCUGUCCGGACAUGCACAAUUCAAAUAUUUCAAAAAUCUUGGGCGCUCGCUGGAAAGCGAUGUCGAACGCUGACAAGCAGCCCUAUUACGAGGAGCAAUCGCGUCUAUCCAAGCUGCACAUGGAACAACAUCCCGACUAUCGCUAUCGUCCACGUCCAAAACGCACUUGCAUCGUCGACGGCAAAAAAAUGCGCAUAUCUGAAUAUAAAGUUCUCAUGCGUAAUCGACGUGCGGAAAUGCGACAGCUUUGGUGUAGAGGUGGCGGACCAAGUGGUCCGACAGGUUCCAGCUCUAAUGGACAUAGCCACGAUGCUGGCUCCGCCGUGCAAGCAGCAGCAGCAGCCGCUGCCGCCUACCACCUGCAGGAGAUGAGUCAUGCAAUUGUCGACGAUUCUGAAACGCCACCGCCGCCAGCUCAACUACUAGACUCUGGAGCCAUCGCGAGCAGCAGUAACAAUUUUUAUUAUCCACCGGAAAGUUUAUCGCCAUCGGGUUUUUCCUCCGAGGACAUGGAAAUUUUAUCAUUGCGUGAUGACGACUAAGAAACAAGAUUAUGACGUUUAUAUACGUAAGCAUAUGUAUAUAGACAUUCGCGGAUUCAAAUAGAUUGUACUUUUAGCUUGUAAAUACAAAAAACUAAACUUGAAUCAUUGUAUAGGCCUUUAAGUUUUCGUUCAAGUGCCAUUACACACGCAGAGAUGUAUAUGUAUAUAUACAUGUAUGCAGUAGAAUCCCGAUAAUUCGAAAUUGGCAGGGGAUCAG